CUUGAAAUUCCAAAGCUACAUGUACCCUCUCUACAUGUAGGCACCUACUGUCAACUGACUUCAAUGUUGCUUUCUCGACUCAGCCUGCCUACCUACCUACUUACUUGGGAUACCUACAUAUAUCUACAUGUGUGCAACAUCGAAAAAGCUCGUGAUUGAAACCCCUCUUCCCAAAGUACCACAAAGAGUCUCCUUCUUUUACCCAAUCCUAUCUAAAAACACCCGUGUAGGAUAGGGACCUGGAACGACAAUUCAUCAUUUCACUCCCUAACUUUCUCGUGUACAUUGAUGGACAUAUCUGUAUCAUGCAGGGUGUCUAGGACUUUGUAGUGUGAUCAUUACAACCGAGACGCAAGUCCCGCCUGAGCAAAGAAAGUAAUUGGGCUCCUGCAGCAUUCCAAUGUCAACAGAUAAGCCAUAUAUGAAGCCUUGUUCUCCAACCCGUCUAAUUCCCCUCUCCUCAACUGACUCAAACGCCUUUCCCAUACUUGGUACCUAGGUCUUUACCAUCAUCCCUGGUCUUAUUAGGAAUUCUCUACCUACACCCAACAUGGAGGGCUUGGAGGUGUUCAUGAGAAACCUCAAACCUGGUCUUUCGGACGAGGGCUUGCGAACACAGUUGACUCCCUUCAUCACCGAUAACUUGAAAGUCAUAGAGUGGACUUGUCAGAAAACACGUGGGAAGAAGUUCGGGACCGUCCUUUUUCUCUACCGAUCCCACGGCGAACUAUUCCUUCAACAUUAUGGUGAAGCUACUUUACCUGGGAGGUCUCGAACAAUAGCUCGCCUACAUAUCCUAGGAAAUCCUAUAUUUUGCAGCAAAAGCAAACACGCCUUGGAUACAUUUGCUCUCAGAGCCUUGAAAAAAGCAGUAGAGGAAAUUAUGGAGGCGAAAAGGGAGCAAGAUGAGGAUGAACAGCCACUGACGAGAGAUGUGUCUACCACCUUCGAAUUGCUCGGUCUUUCGUGUGGUCAUUACGAAUACCCAGACGGUAGAUUGGGCUUUGCUGAAGACGUUGGGUGGGACAAUAAAGGCCUGGCCAAAUUUGGGAGGUAUGAACUUAUUAUCACAUUACAAUCGCACGUCCGUGUAGAAAUACCGUAUCGUACUGUCCACGAGGUGAUUGUCGAUAAACGAGCUACAUCAUUUACCUUUACGCUUUGGGAAGUACCGCGGUUCUUUGAUACUACCAAUGAUCUCACGGAUCCAAGUCUCGUUUCUCUAAUUGGUCAGCUAGACAUGGCUCCGAGGUCUAACAUUCCGCCCAGGACCCGACUAGACAAACUCCCGCGUGGCCGUGGUGAGAACCACGCAGAUAUUUUGGGGCAGUCUCUCAUCUAUUGUGCUAGAGUAUCGCCAUCUGACUUCCAUUCCCGGUUCGAGAAACUGAAGAAGGCGAAAGAACAACUCGCCUUUGUGUUCUAUCAAUUUCCAUAUACCGGUCAAUAUAGCAGAAGCGACAUGGUUUCCGAGAUGAUUUCCACGCAAAGACUCCUCGAUGACUGUACCACACAAGGCGAUAUACCCUUUGACGUUCUUUUCCAAUUCCAAGCCCUUAUGCAGAAUGGCUAUCUUCUACCUCGGACCGUUCAAGCCUUAGUCGAACGCCUCCGCCGGGCGGUACGAACAUCCUCUACAGCGGAUACGAGAAAGGGGUCCAAACCCCCGUGUCCCAUUUCUGCAAGGGCUGUCAAAAAGCUAUUCUUUCAAUUAGACUUUCCUGGCCCUGAAAUUGAGGCAAGCCUGUUUGACCCAGAACACCUUUGGAUAUAUCUCCAAGAAAAUGAGAAAGAGGUUCGUGAAGGUCUCAGGAAAGAGUUGGUAUCCGAAAGAGCACGGCAAAAUCUCGAAAUGGUCUAUAAGGUACAAGUGACUCCCACUCGAAUUUCUCUUCUUGGACCAGAGCCUGAGGCCAAAAAUCGAAUACUCCGAAAAUUUCCCAACCACACUGGCUACUUUGCACGUGUACAAUUUUGCGAAGAGGAUGGCCAGGAUGUGUUCUUCAAUGCUAAGGUAUCCCUGGAUGAGGUCUGGAAACGAUUCAAACGUGUACUCCUGCGUGGCAUCCACAUCGCCGGCCGCGAAUACAAGUUUCUGGGAUUUUCACACUCUUCCCUUAGAGCACAUGGCGUAUGGUUCAUGGCUCCAUUUGUUGACCAUAAUUGGAAACUUCAAACUUAUAAAUCCGUAAUUGGUCAACUAGGAACAUUCGACAAGAUCUUCUCGCCCCCUAGAUGUGCUGCGCGGAUCGGCCAGGCCUUCUCAGAAACCCCAUUCUCGGUCAACCUCGAGGAUCUUGGAGUCAAAGUUGAAUUUAUUCCGGAUGUGAAGUCGGCAGAUGGAAAUCGAGUUUUUAGUGAUGGCGUUGGGACGUUGUCUAGGUCACUAAUGGAAGCGAUUCAAGCGUCUCUAUCCCAGACGCGAAACAACAGUACAUGCUUCCAAAUCAGGUGGGGCGGUGCUAAAGGAAUGCUUGCUUUAGACGACACUCUUGAGGGGAUGGUGAUGCGGAUUCGAAAUGAGAGCAUGGUCAAGUUCGAAAGUAAAGAUAUUACGAACCUAGAAAUAUGCGACACGGGGAACAAGCCCAUCCCUCUUGUUCUCAAUCGUCAAAUGAUCAAGAUAUUAGAGGAUAUGAACGUUGCGGAAGAUUGGUUCUUCCAAAUGCAGAACGGCGAGCUCGAUAGGCUGCGUAUGAUCACAGCCUAUGUUCAGAACACAAUAGUGUUCCUCAAGAGGCAGAAAAUUGCAGAGCCAAUCAAUUUCUCCAAGUUCAUUCGCCGGCUUCAUAAACUGAAAAUCGAUUACAGGAACGAUCGAUUUCUGUGUUCCAUUGUCGAAACUGUUGUUCUCGAAAAAGUGCGUCUUCUCAAGCAUAAGGCCCGGAUUCCAGUAGAGAAGGGCGUUACGUUGUUCGGCAUCAUGGACGAGUUCGGCUUUUUGGAGGAGGACGAAAUCUAUGUCACGUUCGAUAAAAAGGACAGGCACUCGAGAAGUGAAAGAGAGCUUCAUAAUAAAAACGUCUUGGUUACUAGGUCUCCUGCCCUCCAUCCCGGCGAUAUUCAACUGCGAACAGCGGUGCUUCCCCCGUAUUGGCACCCACUCCGUUCACUCUCUAACUGUGUUGUGUUCAGCCAGAAGGGGCAGAGAGACUUACCUAGCCAACUCAGUGGCGGUGAUCUAGACGGGGAUAUAUACAACAUUAUCUGGGAUGAAUAUGCAGUUGCAUCGUCGACACGUGAAUUUGAACCGGCUGACUAUCCUCGAGUUAACCCCUUGGACAUUGGCCGACAGGUGAACGAGGAAGAUAUGACAAACUUCUUUGUUGAUUUUAUGGCCACUGACCAAUUGGGGGUGAUCGCCACCAAGCACCUGAUCCUUUCGGAUAUGAUGGACGCUGGCACUGUGGAUAAGGAGUGUAAGAUACUGGCAGAGCUGCAUUCCACCGGUGUAGAUUACAGCAAAACAGGCAUACCGAUCGAUACCAACAAACUCAGAAAACUAACUGCAACACGAUACCGUCCAGACUUCCUAGCACCGGCGCCCCCGGCGCAUAUUGUUGAUCGAACAGAAGUCAAGUUUGAGAAUACGAAGAAAGCUUUGGUCGAAGAUGAGGAUGAUGAGAGGGGUCCACGUUACAAAUUCUACAAGUCUGAAAAGGUUCUUGGCAAGCUCUAUCGAGCUAUUGAUGAGAAUAAGAUUUGGAAAAAGGACAUUCACCAGUCUUUCAGUCGCCACGGCCCCUCAGUGUGGAAACAAUUAGAGAUGCAUAUUUCGAAGCAGUGCCAGAAACUGCGGGGCGUGAAUUGGUCACCUGGGCGACCUGCACUGGACGAGGCUUGUCGUAUUCGAAUGGCGUACGACGAAGAAGUUUGGAGCGUGGCAAUGGACUUCUCGGACAAUUCGACCAAGGGCCUAAGCGAGCUUGAGGUCUUCACAGGAAGCAUUUUUAACAAGACUGGCUCCUUAACCCGACGACAACGAGAUAAUUCAAUCCGUCUCAAAGACGACUAUGAUCGCAUCGCCAGAUGGGCUGGAGGCUUGAUUCGAAAGAAGAAGAUAGAGCCGCAAGAGGACGAGGAUGACGAUGAUAGCGACUACGACGAGCAUGAGAAUGCUAAGGUGCCAAGCAAUAUGCCUAACAGCCCUGACGGCUUAGACGGCAUAUCGGCUCUUGAACUGAGCGUCGCCUGUUUCAUGGUUAGUAUCGAAAAACCUGCCAAUUUUGGCAGAAACCAGGACACUUUUCAGAGCUUUAAGAUCGUUGCGGCCCAAUGCGCGUUGUCUGAGCUGGAGAUAGCCUCGAUGCAGCAGGAGAUCGCCGAAGGGGCAGCCUUCGCGACAGCGAGCGCAAAGUAGAUAAGAAUGAUUCAACGGCUUGUUCAGUGAGUAUUUCACAUGCCUACCUAUUUACCUAGGUAGGCUCCUAAGCAUGCGGGGGGUUCAAGCAGCAGGUUUUCUUUUGGGUUUACUACUCGGUUCCAAGGCUACCUAUUCCAUAGGUAAAUUUAUCUCAGUGUACCUAUGCGGACUGGUUUUCAUUGGAGGGGACUAAAGUACCAGGCAUGUCAAGUAUUCUCUACUCGGUCAUGUGUCUAGGGGAGGAGAGAAGAGGAAGGCAAACGGGCAUUUAACGAUGAUCAUGAUUAUAACGAGCUGUCUACCUAGGCAGGCACUAAUCUAGUUGAAUACUUGUUCAUGUUGUUCUAAAAAC